CGGCCUGACAGUCUCAAUUUGUACGCAUACGAUCAAGAGAUGAUAGGCAAUACUCACUCCGACGUUGUUCAUCCAAGGUCUUAUUCACCUUUUCAUCGCUUAUCUGACUCGGCUGACAAGCAUCCUAAACCGGCAGAAUUAUUCGUGCGAUCAAUUUCAGAAUUGCAGAUCCCCGCACCCAUAACACCUCAAACGGUCUGUCAGAACACAACAAAGGGUAGGAUGGAAAUGUACAAGUAUUCUCGUCGUUGUUGGAUCAGCCUGACGAUUUUGUAUCUUAGCAUCUUAAUGGCUUUAAGUAUCUUCACAAGCACUUCGAUCUUAUGGAGUUUGCAAGUCGUUUCAAUCGUGAACAAAGGGCCAAUCGCUAUGGGUCAUUUAUACGAAAGAACGCACUUGGUUUCUGCUUGGAAUUGUAUCAUCUUUGGUACUACCGCUGCUUUCGCCAUCAUUUCUCGUAUUUUCGAUCCUGCUCCAGAAGGCAUGGUACAAAUCAGAGCAGAAUCAGAACACCAAGUAGGACAAGAAAACAAUGAUCAACAUCUUACUGCAAUGCAAGUCAUUGCAGAAACAACAACAAGACCACCAGCCAAUACGUCAUUGCAACCAUCAAUUCAUUCGGUUUAUCAGCCGACUGAAGCAGCAGCAAUGGAAGGUAUUGGUUUAUCUUACUUUAGCAUGGAUGCUGAAGAUACUCCUCGUAACGACUUUAGGCGGAUUCAACAUGGGAGCAUAUGCUUAUCGUGUGAUAAUUUGGAUCGCUUAGAUCGUUUGGAAGAGUGUAUCGAUCUGAACAGCAGACAUGCAGCAUGAAUCGAAGUUCACUUAUUUCACAAACGGUUAUCAGUGCUGGCACUGGAGAUACACGAAAGAGACUACAAUACUAUAAAAAAUUUCAUAUUUGUCAC